GUGUACCCACAGCGGCCAGCAGGGGCGCGCCCUGAGGUUGCUUGUUUGUGGGUCGUUGUUGGGUCUGCAGACUGCACCGCCGCGCGGGUAGAGAGCGGCGGAUCGGGAGAAAAUGGCGGAUGGUGUGGAUCAUAUCGACAUUUAUGCCGAUGUGGAGGAGGAAUUCAGCCAGGAACCAGAGUACCCAGCUCAUGAGCAGAUCGACUUGUAUGAUGAUGUAAUCUCACCUUCGGCCAAUAAUGGAGAUGCUCCUGAAGACCGGGAGUACCUGGAUGCACCACUUGCUCCAGGUGGCUCGGAGGGGGGGAAGAGUGCACCACCCAACGCAUACACCUACACAGGCAAAAGGAUUGCCCUGUAUGUAGGAAACCUCACGUGGUGGACAACAGAUGAAGACCUGACAGAAGCCGUCCGUUCAAUAGGCAUCUCAGAUGUGCUAGAGAUUAAAUUCUAUGAAAACAGAGCCAAUGGCCAGUCAAAAGGAUUUGCUCUCGUGUGUGUGGGUUCAGAAGCAUCAUCCAGGAAGUUAAUGGAGUUGUUGUCGAAGAGGGAGCUCCAUGGACAGAAUCCCAUCGUUACACCGUGCAACAAACAGUCCCUCAGUCAGUUUGAGAUGCAGUCACGGAAAAGUACCCAGUCAGGGCAAAUGUCUGGGGAAGGCAAAGCCGGGCCCCCUGGUUCGGGCAGCCGCAGUGGGGGUUUCCCUAUGGGAGGAAGGGUCAAAGGAAGAUUUCCUGGACCACCUGGACCUGGAGGAGACCGCUUUCCAGGUCCUGUGGGACCAGGAGGCCCACCACCACAUUUCCCUGGCUCUGGGAUGAGACCAGAUCUGGUUAGGCACCAAGAUGGCCCACUGAUGGAUUUGGGUUUCAAUCCCUUCCCGCCAGGGGGCAGGAACGGGAGCUGGCAUAGCAGAGGUGGGAUUCAGGGUCCCCCACGCCCUCCCCCAGGUCCACCUGGUCCCCCUGGCCCUCCGGGUCCACCACCUCCUGGCCAGGGCCUACCUCAUCCUCUUGCAGGUCCUCCAAAUCGUGGUGACAGGCCGCCUCCUCCUCCUGUUCUCUUCCCUGGUCAAUUUGGCCAGCCUCCUCUUGGACCUCUUCCUCCAGGCCCCCCUCCCCCAGGCUAUGGCCCUCCUCCUGGUCCCCCUCCCCCUCAGCAGGGCCCACCUCCCCCGGGGCCCUUCCCUCCACGUCCCCCUGGUCCCAUUGGACCUCCAAUGGCUUUGGCUCCGCCGCCACAUUUACAGGGUCCUCCUCCAGGUGGCCCACCACCAGCUCCUCAUGUAAACCCUGCAUUCUUCCCCCCGCCCGGUAGCAACAGUAUGCCCCCCAACGACAGCCGGGGCCCCCCAGGAUCAAAUGACCCAUAUGGACGACCGCCACCAUAUGAACGAGACUAUGGCCCUGGAGGCCGAGAGAUGGAGUCAUCACGGACCCCGCUGAGUGAGGCAGAGUUUGAGGAGAUCAUGAACAGGAAUAGAGCUAUUUCCUCUAGCGCCAUCUCUCGGGCUGUGUCUGAUGCCAGCGCAGCUGAUUAUGGCAGUGCUAUAGAGACUUUAGUGACAGCCAUCAGUCUGAUCAAGCAGUCCAGAGUGUCAGCAGACGAUCGCUGUAAAGUCCUCAUCAGCUCCCUUCAGGAUUGUCUUCAUGGCAUUGAGUCGAAGAGCUAUGGGUCAGUUUCAAGACGAGAACGCUCCCGGGAACGUGACCAUAGCCGCUCCCGGGAGAAGAGCCGUCGACAUAAAUCCCGUAGUCGUGAAAGACACGAGGAUUAUUACAGAGAGCGUAGUAGGGAACGAGACCGCCAUCGUGAGAGGGAUCGGGAUCGCGACCGGGACCGGGAGAGGGAGAGGGAGUACCGCCACCGUUAGCCAAAAAAGAAGCUUACGGGGAUCAAGGACGGAAGAAAAAAAAAAGGAGGAAUGCUUUCAGCGCACCAUUCCCCUGCUCACCCUGCACGAACGGACAGGAGUACAGUCAGCUACCAUCUCUUCCUCCACCCCUUCCCAUCUCUCCUCUCCUUUCCUUCUCCACCCAUCCUUCUCUGUCUGUUGUCUGCCUGAAAAAGAGCAGUGGAUGGAAGACCAUGACAUGUGAAAAGGCUAAAGGUGAAAAACGUUCUAAAUGGCUCUUUUAUUUCUGUUUUACUUGACAUAAAAAAAUCGUUUUUUGCUUUUUUCUUUGCAAAGUUACAAUAAAACACUCACGUGACCCUGAUACAGUAGAGACAGACAUUACUUCCUACUUUUUUAUUUUUCUUUGGCACGCUGUACUGUGUAUAUUCAGCUUAGAUGUUUUUAUAGGGAACAUGUGUGAUGUUUUCUCUCUCUCCCUCUCAACUCUUUCUGUUUAAUGUUUGUAUGUUUCUGCUUUUUGAUUAAAAACUAGAUGGUGUUGUAAUAAAAUGUUUACUGAGGUACACUCAUCUGGUGAA